UAAGAGGAAUUAGUGUGGAUUAAUUAAACCAGUGUUAUAGUAGGGCGCAACUGUUGUGCGGUAUGUUUGAUUUCUAAUGUUUUAUUAAUUAUUUACAAUUCUUUAUUAACACUUUCGAACUCUGUUGCCUGGACUAUUUCACACUUACUUUCAUUUUAGUUUUUUUUUAAGGUUUAUUUUUCUUUUACUUCAUGAUCAAUGGAAAUGGUUAAAUGGAAAUUUGGUAAUAUUUUUUUUUUUUGCACUUUACUUCUGAAUUAAAUGCAUUAAAUUAAAUUUCGCUUACUAUCAUAAUGAUGAGACACCUCUAAAAAUAGGACAACUUUAGGUUUCCCAAUAAUAAGUGACCCGGUUUAAAUAACCGAGAUAUGUUAUAGACGUUUUAAAGUAAAUAAACCGCUGAUAACAGUAGAUUUAUAUGACAAGUUUCAACAAGCGUCGCAGAUCUAGAUUUAAAUGUAAGUGACUUGUAUUGAACCUGAACACCGAAACACAAAGUACUAUAGAACUGGUAAUAUUCGCGGUGGUUUCUCUUUGCUAGUUUUUGCGAAUAAUACCAGGCUCAAAUUCAAAAUAUUCGUGAAUAAUGGCACUCACAAAUUCAAAAUAUUCUUGAAUAAUGCCACUCACACAUUCAAAAUGUUCGCAAAUAUUCAAAAUCUCCCUGAAUAAUGCCACCUGCAAAUUAAAAUUUUCGCGAAUAAUGCCACUCACGAAUUCAAAAUAUUCGUGAAUAAUACUGCUCUCAAAUUCAAAAUAUACGUGAAUAAUACGAACUUUUUCGCGAAUAAUGCCACUCGUUAAUUCAAAAUUUUCGUGACUAAUGCCACCUGCUAAUUUAAACUUUCGCGAAUAAUGCAAUUCGCAAAUUCAAAACUUUCGCAAAUACUGCCAUUCCCAAAUUCACAAUUUUCGCAAAUAAUGCCAACCGCAAAUUCAAAAUUUUUGCAAAUAAUGCCACAUUCGAAUUCAAAAUUUUCGCGAAUAAUGCCACUCGCAAAUUCAAAAUUUCAUGAAUAAUGCUACUCGCAAGCUCAAAUUUAUUUCGAAUAAUCCAAAUAAGCAUUUAAAUCGAAGGUUGUGGGUUAUUUUCUGACUAUAUUUGUAAAGACAUUUUGAUAAGAUAUAUAUAUAUAGUUUAAAUCAAGGCAGGUAGUCAACACAACACGGCGUCUAUAUGACCAGCCACAGAGUACCUGUGGUAGAGUACUGGUUUCCUAAAAUAAUAAUGAACCUGUUUUGUUUUUGUAAACCAUGGUAUCACGUAAAUUAAUUCACUCUCAUAAAAUACAAAACUACAUUCAUGUAUGUAUGUAUAAUGCAUGAUUUGAGAAAACGAAAUAUACAGAUGAGAUAUUUCCUUCGCUCAGGCUUAUAUAUCUAACCUUGUUAGAGUUCGUCCCUUCUGGUUGUUGGCAACAGUCAUGACAGUGUUAUGAUUAAAAACGCUUGCUAAGACAACAAAAAAAAACUAAUUUACCUUAAAUUUCAAUAGUGUCCUUGACCUGCAAGCAUAGAUCAUGUAUGCGACACAUUGUCUGAUCAGGUGGAACAUUUCUGUGCAGUACUAAGACAAUCCAUUAAUCCACAUAAAAGUUAUGGAGAUGAAACAAUUUUACUUGACUUUAAACAUAGAUCUUGACAUUUAACCGACAUGCAUAGAUCAUAUAUUAACACACUGUCUCUUGGGGAACGUUUGUGUAAAGCACAGAUAACCAUCAAUGCAAAAAUGUUAUGGAGUUGGAACAAUAUUAUUUGACUUUAAAUAGUGACCUUGAUUUAGGACUUACAAGCAUAAAUCAUGUACGUGCAUAAUCUACAUAUUGCCCUCUAUUUACACACCAAGUUUUAUGAACCUAGCUUGAAUACUUUUGAGUAAUUGCAGGAUCAAGAUUUGCAGACGAAUGGGCGGACAGACAGACGGAGGGUAUUCCUAUAGUCACCUCCGGUGUUCCACCGGUACUGGACUAAAUAAUUUAGAGGAUUUGCUUACCUGAAAGAAGUUCUGAAGGGAUGGGUGACAAAUAUCAUCGGCUAAUUGUGUUUGUUGUUGACAUUUGUCCGGAUCCUCUUAGGAAACUUUUCGAGCAACUUGCUAAAAAAGACACAAGUCCGGGGUCGGCAUUCACUACUCUUGAUGCCUACAUGAACUUUCGAAAAUCGGAUGUAAAUCAACUAAAGUUGAAAAAGCUAAUACGUAACAAUCAGUAUGAUUUGAUAUAUCCGAAUACAGGAGGUAUUGAUAUGGAGCAGUGGGAUAUUACGUUACUAGCGACAUUGCUUCUAAAUUUGUUCACUCUGCCGAAAUGCGAUAAGAUUAGCGUGGAAAACCUACGAUCGUAUAGGAAUGAUUUACAACACAAACCAGCAACACAGCAAGUAUCAGACAAUGAGUUUAAUAUCUUAUGGUCUCAGCUGACUACCCACACGCUAAGAAUUGCAAGCCAAGUAGGUGGAUCGGCAGAAGUGAAAGCACUAAGUGACCGUAUUGCAGAGGCAAGCGUUCAAAAUAUGCCGGCAUUGGGAAACACUCUUCAGAAAUGGUUCCUCGACAGUAAUUCCGAAAUGAGAUAUGAACUACAGUCAAUAAAAGAGACAAAUGAAUGUUGCCAAAACAUACUAAAUGGAGCAACUGUCCCUUGCAUUGGACCCUCAGGUGAAAAAGUGAAAAGAAUGAAGACUGUCGAUCAUAUUUUAAAAAAGUUGCAAGAAAACUUUGCCAUCACAAUGAAGACCGAGCUGCCAAAUGAAUUCGUUCCUACACAAGAAAUAGCAGACGUAAAAGCUAAACUGAGACAUAAUCACAGAGUUGUGGUAACUGGCUAUGGCAGUACACGCUACCUUCAGAUUGCACUCGAGGCCAUAAAGAGCAUACACGUCGAUAUAGAGCGCUGUGUAGAAAUGACUGAGGCCGACGACUGGAGACAUAUUGAUCCAGCAGAUGUUGAUGUUGUGCUGUGCAAAUUUCCAUUUGGCAGAAUUGAACUCCAGAGAGAUAGGGUAGAGAAAAUGAUAAAUGUUUAUGACAGCAUGAUGUAUACAUCGACACAAGAGAACGAAGACGAUGUCGUCCUAGAUAUUGUAAUUGUAUCGGAAUUACAAAUAUUACAGAAAGCAGUCGAAUACUUCAACCACGGCAUUCUGAAAGAAGAUGAUAUCGUCCGUGUGUAUGGUGUAGAAGGUGGUAAUGUUGCUGAUAAAGCUGGAGAUCGCACCUGGUCUGACAACAAACCAUGUGGUAAUAUCCUCAAAAAUAUGAUAGAUAAUUCAAAUACAUUGAUGGAGUAUCAUAAAAUGCCAAUAAAGAAUUUAGGACUUCUAGAAAAUGCGGAGAUGAAACUACAAACAAAUAAGCACCUACUUAUUGUAGGACCUAGAAAGUGUGGAAAAACUACACUCGCUGUACAUAUUGCCUCGCACAUGAAUACACAAUGUCUUGUACUUAGUGAUGCAGAUGAAAUCAAAUACAUUGAAUGGACAAAAGUCGGUGUUAUAAUACUGGAAAACUUCACUGGAAAGUACGAAUACAGUAAAACCAAAGCUAUACAAUGGUAUGAAAAGUUCGAUAUUUUGCAAGCAAGGAUAGAAAAGAUGAAACUAUACCUAAUUAUAACAUGCGAAGUUCAGAUGCUGAAACAGUGCAAACAAGACAUCGGAGAUCAUCAGUUUCUGCAGCAUGAAGUCAUCUUGUCCUGUGAUAAUUCGAUACUCAAAGCAAGUACAUCUGAUUCAUUAGGUAUACAAAUUCAAGAUGAUACGAAGUCAGACGGGGAUGCAAGUAUCAAUAGCGGCCAGAUGCAAGCGUCACUGUGGUUUUCGAAAGCGGAGUUGAAAAAACAUAGAGCGUUAGAUUUAAAGUAUAAGACGGUAGUUGAUGUUUGUUCACGUGCAAAUACAAUAAUUGUAGCAAUGAAUGGAGCAAAGUACCUCGAUCCUAACACAAAUAUUUUGUACGAACUUUCUGCAAAUUUAGACGUUUUGCAUACAUACAGUAUUGAGCAGUAUGUGGCAAGUGUUUGUUCUACUAACGCGGAAGAUGUUGUCGCUGCUGGUGGUAGACACAUUGCCAUAUUAGAAUUGAACAGUGGAUUUUGCAGAAGAACAAAGAAUAGAGAAAUUGAUUAUGUUUGUUGCUGUGUAAGAUCGAGAUCUGCGAGCAUUGUUGCAGUAGAUAAUGAAGGUAAUUUUCAUGUGUAUAAUGGUGACUUGAAACAACUUUUUGUGGUCAAUUCCGGUCAUGACUUUCCAGUUUUUCAGUACAACAAUAUAUAUGGCCUUGUGGCUCUGAAAGAAACUGAAGUGGCUGUGUUAAAAGCCGAUGCAGUUAUUUUCGUAGAUUUCAAGGACAGGACUGAUCCGAACAUCAAAAGUAUCUCUUUUGUGGGAGUUCCUCAGGCUAUAUGUGCAUCCGAAGGAAGCACUUUCGUACUCUGUUGUAACGGAAGUACUGGGGAAUGUAGUAUUGUUCAAAUUUGUAAUGAAACACAGGAGCUAUCUGUUAUUUCUUUACUAAAUUCAGAAUACCACUUUUACAACAUAUUCUCUUGUCUACCAAUGUGUUUUGACAAAAUGAAAUCCCGAUUAGUCGUAUGUUCAAAAGAAGUAGUCUUAGACGAAAUAUACUUAAAAUGACAAAAAAAAGACAAGAGUAUUAUUGAAUAUUUAAAGGGAAUUCCUAUAGUUUUUUUAUGCGCAUCUUUCUGCGCAGCCGACACUUUCUAUGGAAAACUGAAGUGAAGUCAACAUUUGUUGAAACAUGUGACAGACAAUCUUAAAUAUGAGGAAUCUUGAAUGAAAUAACAUUUUUGUUAAGUUUUAUCUGUAAUCAAAUGUUGAUACUGGUUUAUGUUGUAUUGACAAGUAUCAUGCCUGACAGGUAUCUUGCCAUUUUUGAGGUUGUGUUUUCACAUCGCAUUUUUGUACAAAGACAGUGUUGUUCAUAUAAUGUAAGACAAUUGACUUAGUACUGAUAAGACAAUAUCACCUUUCAGAUUAUUUAGUAUUCAACUGUAGAAAGAAUUAAGAAUUUUUAAAACAUUUGUUAACUUCUAGCAGAUAUACAUGUAAUCAGUUUGUCAGGUUCGCGCCAUUUUUCGUCCGAACAGAUGUUGUAUUCAAGCGGUCUUAACAUUAAAUCUAGCCUGGUGACCCAUACAUUUUUAGCCAUUUUUAUGCUCACAAUACAAUUAUUUAUACACAAGAAAAAAAGAAAAACUUCUAUGAAACAGAUUUUUCAAAAUUUAAAAAAAUAUUCUUCACUAUGGGUAUUUUUCAUCGAAAAAAGUUCACAAAAGUGAAUAUGAAACAAGAUCUUUUUUCAUUUGUACCAAUUAUUGUAAGGAUAUAGUAUUACAAAUAUGACUAUGAUAUCAAAUAAGUAUAUAAUAAAAUCUGUAAAAAGAAUAAACCUUAUUGUGCUGUCUCGAUGUAUAUUUUGGUUGGUAUUUACAAAAAAGCAGAAAAUUAUGAAAAUGUUGAAAAAUCGCUGGCAGUUUCAACAACAGUGGGUGUGUUCCAAACAAUUUUUCACAAAAACCAGCCUGGCGACCCAUUGUUUUUAUUUGUUCAUUGUUUUCAGCACAAAAUUUCCUAUCAUAUAUGUGAAUUUGAAAAAAUUCUAUGAAAGGAAAAAAACUAUAGGAAUUCUCUUUAACUAAGUUAGAGAAGAGUUGAACAUUUGUCCGAAGAGAGUUGAACAAUUGCUCAAGCGUCAACAAAGAUUUGAACGUUUGCUAAAUAGGGGGUAAACAUUCACUGAAAGGAGCAGAAUAUUUGUCGGAAGUGGGCUGGACAUUCACUACAAAGAAGUUGAACAUUCUCCAGAAGUCAGUUUAACAUACACUAGUAAGCAGUUUAACAAUCGCUAGAGAGGUACUAAACAUUCACUAGAAGUGAGUUGAACAAUCGCUAGAAAAGUGUUGAAGAUUCGUCAGAGGUAACUUUAGCAUACGCAAGGAGUAGUUGGAACAAUUGCCACGAGUAACUUUAACACACGCUUGAAAGUAGUUUAACAAUCGCUCAUUUGAAGGGAGUUUAACGACCACAAGAAAAAAGCUGAAAAUUCGUGAGAAGUAAGUUUAGCAUGCGAUAGGAGUAACUGAACAAUCGCCAAAAAGUAAGUUUAGCAUACGCUUGAAAGUAGAUGAAAAGAGCUGCAGAUUCAUCAGAAAUGGAUUAAAUAUUCGUUAGAACGCAGUAGCACAUUCAUCAAAAAGAGUUGAAUUUUCUAAAAAAGAAACGAUUUCGAUUUGGAUAUUUGCCAAAAAGAAAUUGAACGUACCAUAGAAAGUAGUUAAACAUACGAUAAAAGGAGUUGAACGUUCGCCAGAAGAAGUAAGAGAAACAAUUGAGGCAUUGAAAAAUCCGCAAGAAAAACUGGCAAGAAAGACGUGAACAUUGAUCCAUUUAAAGCAAUUGAAUGUUCUUCGUAAAUAAUAUAGACAUAGAACAAGAGAUUAAUCAAUUACUCAAAUAAUAAUCCUACCUUGCAUUUACAUUUACACCAGUGUGACGAACAUAAGAAGGCAGAAUAGAGUAACUGUAUGGUUAAAAACUUAGUGAUAAGUCAUUCCAUUUAAAUGUCCAUUUUCAUGGGCUAUACUGAAGAGUUUUUCCUUGUUUUUAUAUAUGAUGUGUGAUAUGAUAUAAAUAAUAUUAUAUCUAAAUUUCAGCUUAAAUAGUGGAUCUGAAUUUAUUCUAUGACUCUUAAAACAUUUUGUGAUAUCAUACAAAAAAGCAUGUAUUUGACAAUUUGUUUGCAUUGACAUAAGUUUUUUUCUGCAAUAACCCAGUCAUAAUUGGGGAUUAAAUAUUUAUCAAUGGCUGGAUAGGUAGGACUAUCUGCAAAGGCCAGUACAUGGAAAUUAAAUAAGAAGUUUCAGAAAACCAUCAAUAAAAUGCGUGAAAAUGAUCAGAUGAAGACUUAAGUAUUUUUCCCGGUCUUAAUUUAUAUAUGUAAGCAAUCAUCGUUAACUUUUUAAUGUUUUUUUCAUAAUUUGAAAUUUUAGGUACUAUCUCUAAAUAAUAUACUGAAAAGGCGAAAGGUUUUCAAUAUUUCUGAAAGAAGCACAACACGUUCGGGAAUAUAUCUUAAGGAUACUUUCACAAUGUACUAAUGUAAUCUUUAAAAAAAAUCCUUUGGAAGCACAAAAAGCAGUCAAGCAAAAAAUAAGAAUAAGAACAGACUAGGUUUGAUUAAAUCUGUUCAUGAGAGGUAAUGCAAGGUGCAAACGUCCCCUAGCCCUAACCCUAACCCGCGCCCCUUAGCAAGCUUUAUAAUGAUCUGCGAAGAAGUUUCCCUAAAUUUUAGUUACAUAAUUCAGAUAUGGAUUUGCGACGCUCCUGUAAGAACGUUUAUACAAUCCUAACUUUAAUGCCGAUAUUUUAUGCAAACAUUUUAAGAUUCAUGGUAAAUGAUAUGGCAAGUUUUAUCAAAAGAUGGGUAUAACACUUUUGUUUUGUGACAUACUAAAUGUCUGUCGUUAAGCCUUUUAAGGCUGGACGCUAUGCUUUAUUCUUUCAUAGUGUCAGAAAGAGCUGGUAGGCGAUGCGCAUGUUGGAAGCUAGAAUUAUGACCUUUUGCCUUCUGGACUGCUUCGUCGAGUGUUUUGUUAAGGGGCGCGGGGGCGUUUGCACCUUGCAUUACCUCUCAUGAACAGAUUUAAUCAAACCUAGUCUGUUCUUAUUCUUAUUUUUUGCUUGGUUGCUUUUUGUGCUUCCAAAGUGUUUUUGGUGUUUUUCUUCUGCAAAGGCAUUGAGUACGCCACUACAUGUGUAUAUGGUCCGCCACUAGACCUUUGAUUUUUAUAAACAUUAUGAAACGUUAUUUUAUUUAUUGCGGGUGUAUAAAUCCCCUGGUGGUGAUUACAUUUAUUUGUCUAUGUAUUUUUAUAUAUUUUAUUAAUCUACACAUAUGUGUGUUUACCUUGUCAAUGUAUUUUGUAUACAUAUUAUAUUUUAUUCAUCUACACAUGUGUGUGUUUACUAUGUCUAUAUAUCCUGUAUACAUUUUAUUCAUCUACACAUCUGUGUGUUUACUUUGACUAUGUAUUUUGUAUAUAUGUAUUUUAUUCAUCUGCACAUAUGUAUGUUUACUUUGUCUAUGUAUGAUGAAUAUACUUUAUCCAUCUGCACAUCUGUAUGUUUGCUUUGUCUAUGUAUUUUGUAGAUAUUUUAUUCAUCUGCACGUCUGUAUGUUUACUUUAUCUAUGUAUUUGGUAUAUAUUUUAUUCAUCUACACAUCUGUGUGUUUACUUUGUCCGUGUAUUUUGUAUGUAUUUUAUUCAUCUACACAUCUGUGUGUUAGGUUUAAAAGAAUACACGGUUUAUUUAUAACUGAUUACAGUAUGAUCUGAUUUAAACAAAUGUCUUUUAUUACGUUUUACACAUGUAUUGUGCCAUAUAAGAUGUGUUUGAUAAGGAUUUUUAACAUUUAAAUUUGAUAUUUUGUAAAACUUUUAUAUGGAGGAUGAGCAUAGCAAUUGUGUAAUCUAAAUGUACUCGCUUUACUUUUAUAUUAUUGCUUUAUAACAAUCAGAAUCAGACUUUUAUUAUACUAUGACAUUUUGUAAUGCAGUACAUUAGCAUUUAUAUAGUGAUUGAUAUGCCAGUGCUGGCCCAUUAUGGGCUUAUAAAAGUGUUCUAUUCUUUUCUAUUCCGUCUAUAAGUAGCGUGUCUUAUUUUCUUUCUGUACACAAUUAACUAGUUUAAACAUCUAAUCGCCAGUAUGAUUAUCAAGCAUGCAUCUAAGCAUUUCUCUUUUUUUUUU